UUUUUGACAUUUUCAUAUACAAUAUUUUGAGGUUAGAUGUAAAAAAUUUUUGUGUUAUAUAUACAAAAAAACGUGAUUAAAAUAUAUCCAGCAUAAAUACCGGAUAAUGACACUUGCCCUGCGAUCUUUCCUUUUAUUAAGGAAAUUAAAUCAACAUUUACCAUCAAUAAUUAAUACAACAAAUUACACAAAUUUUCAUUUACAUACAACUCCAAGGUACUGUCAUGGAGAAUUUGAAAUGCAGGAUCCUAAAUCAGAGGAUGAAGUGGUUAACGUAACAUUUAUAGAUAAAACAGGCAAAAAAGUACCAAUUCGAGGAAAAAUUGGUGAUAAUGUUUUAUAUCUAGCUCAUAGGCAUGAGAUAGAAAUGGAAGGAGCUUGUGAAGCUUCUUUAGCUUGUACAACGUGUCACGUGUACGUUAAUCAUGAUUAUUUAGAUAAACUUCCACCAGCAAAGGAAGAGGAAGAUGAUCUGUUGGAUAUAGCUCCAUUUUUAAAAGAAAAUUCAAGAUUAGGAUGUCAAAUAAUUUUAACCAAGGAAUUAGAUGGUUUAGAAUUGGAAUUGCCUCAAGCGACUAGAAAUUUUUAUGUUGAUGGACACACACCAACUCCACAUUAAGUGAUAAUAAUACUGAGACGUUACAAAUAAAUAAUUGUACAUAAAUAUU